AGCCCGAUCUGCUCUCCCCCAGCACGGCUGUUUAAAGCGGACUGAUUUUGAAACGAGCAGCGUUGGCCAGCGACCGCACCAGCGACCCACCGAAACGGGAUUUUACGCCUUUAAUACUGUCUGGGAACAGGGUGCCGAGGAAUGUAUUCCGCUGACAGCGUGUCGGGAUUAGAUAUGUAGUAGUUUCACCCGUAUUCGCGGUGUUUUUGUCGCUUUUGUUGCGUUUUUAUUUGGUUGCUGGGGACCUCUCCUUGCUUCAACUCGGGAACUCUCCAUUGACAUUCCCUCUCUUUGGCAGCUCCUCUGUUUUGCCGCAGUAAGUCUGGAGUUUGUGGACGUUGGAGAGAUUUUACAAGCAGAGACGUUGACGGCACUAACGUUAGCCGUUGAUAGACGUAGCCUAUAAGUGUUUAAAGUCGCCUUGUUUUGGUUUGUUUUGCUGAGAUUGUUGUUCCCUGCUUUCCUGAAAAUGCAGUCGGGCAGGGGUUUAACGCUGUUUUACUGCCCGAAAACGCUGAGAUAACUAACUACGACGUUGGAAAGAGAGGGAGAAGUUCAGACGGACUGUUGAUAGCCAGUUAUUUAGCGAGGUCAGUGCAGUAAACUGGCCUGGCCACUGUUGGAAAAGUCAGAAAGACUUCCCUUUUAGUUGUUAGUUGAGCUGGUUGACUAACUAGUAUCAGCCCAAAGUAGUUUUGCGUAUGUGUACUGUUUGGCUGAAGUGCCCCUAAGUAGUGUGCUUGUGUUUACUGAGACCCGAGCACACGAGUCUGUUUCCCCACAGUGCGGAGGAAAUGGCAACCGCUCUCAGUGGCCGGGGUCUGGGUGGACGGGCGCCGAACCCGCGGAAAGGCCGGAUUUUGGGCCUCAUUGACGCCAUCCAGGACGUGGUGGGACCCCCGAAACAAGCCGCCGCGGACAGGAGGACGGUGGAGAAAACGUGGAAACUCAUGGAUAAAGUGGUGAGGUUGUGUCAGAACCCCAGACUACAGCUGAAAAACAGCCCUCCUUACAUCCUGGACAUCCUGCCGGACACCUACCAGCACCUGAGGAUGAUCCUGUGCAAGUAUGAGGAGAACCAGAAACUCGUGCAGCUCAGCGAGAACGAUUACUUUAAGGUCUACAUCGACAGCCUGAUGAAGAAAUCCAAAAGGGCUAUCCGCCUCUUUAAAGAGGGCAAGGAGAGGAUGUAUGAGGAGCAGUCGCAGGACAGGCGAAACCUCACCAAGCUCUCGCUCAUCUUCAGCCACAUGUUGGCCGAGAUCAAGGCCAUCUUCCCUGAAGGCCAGUUUCAGGGAGACACUUUCCGCAUCACCAAGGCCGACGCCGCCGAGUUCUGGAGGAGAUUUUUCAGCGAAAAGACGAUCGUGCCGUGGAAAGUGUUCCGUCAGUGCCUUCACGAAGUGCAUCCCAUCAGUUCAGGCCUGGAGGCCAUGGCCCUCAAGUCCACCAUCGACCUCACCUGCAACGACUACAUUUCCGUCUUCGAGUUUGACAUUUUCACACGCCUCUUCCAGCCAUGGGGAUCUAUUCUGAGGAACUGGAACUUCUUGGCAGUAACCCACCCAGGCUACAUGGCCUUCCUAACCUAUGACGAGGUGAAGGCACGACUGCAGAAGUACAUCAACAAACCGGGCAGUUACAUCUUUCGGCUGAGCUGCACGCGGCUGGGCCAGUGGGCCAUCGGCUACGUCACCAGUGAUGGAAACAUCCUGCAGACCAUCCCCCACAACAAACCGCUCUUCCAGGCGCUCAUUGAUGGCUGCCGAGAAGGAUUCUAUCUGUUCCCUGAUGGUCGCAGUUAUAACCCUGAUCUGACCGGCCUCUGUGAACCCACUCCUCACGACCACAUUAAAGUCACCCAGGAGCAAUACGAGUUGUACUGCGAGAUGGGCUCUACAUUUCAGCUGUGCAAAAUAUGCGCAGAGAACGACAAAGACGUGAAGAUUGAACCUUGCGGUCACCUCAUGUGCACCUCCUGUCUCACAGCCUGGCAGGAGUCAGAUGGCCAAGGCUGUCCCUUCUGCCGCUGUGAGAUUAAGGGCACGGAAAGGAUCAUUGUGGACCCUUUUGACCCGCGCAACGAAGGCAAAUGCUUCUUCCUGGACCUGGAUGAUGAUGAUGACCGAGAUGACUCGCUUGUUAUGAAUGGCCUGGCUAACAUCAGGAAGUGUACGGAGCUCCAGAACUCUCCAGUGAUGUCUCCCAGCUCUUCCCCUGUAAGCCAGCGCAGAAAAGCCACAGCGGACCACACGGGCAUUCAGCAUCUCAGCCUGCCGCCCGUGCCGCCCCGUCUCGACCUCAUCCAGAAGGGUGUGAUCCGUUCACCCGCUGCCAGCCCCACUGGCUCACCAAAGUCUUCGCCUGGGAUGGGCAGAAAACAGGACAAGCCCCUUCCUGCCCCUCCGCCUCCUCAGAGAGACCCCCCUCCUCCCCCUCCUCCCGAACGUCCUCCUCCCAUCCCUCCCGAAGGCCGAGCUGCCUGGAUAGCUGUGCCCUCCUCCGUGCUGCCCAGAGAUUCUGUGCUGCCCCCAGAGGCCUGGAGCCCCAAGGACAGCAGCCCACUGUCGGACAGCAGAGCCGGAGUGGAGCGCUCGCCUAAACUUGCCCACGGCGCCCCUACUCAUAUCAACGGGAGACCUCUCAGUUGCACUGUUGCUGAGUUAGCGGUCAGCCGGUCCGGCUACAGAUCAGACACACACACAGAAUGCAGUAAGCCCCUCUCCAACGGCCUCUUACUCUCCGAUGAAUACGACGUGCCUCCUCUGCGCCACUCCCCUCCCCCUCCCUCCCUCACGAGCAACAGCAACCAGAGGUUUCCUAACCCAUUCAGCAGCCCCUGUUUGGACCGGUCACGGCCGAUCACAGAGCAAGUGGAGGAUGAAUAUCAGAUCCCUUCGUCCCAUCCAGUCUGCAUCACACAGCCUCCCGUCUGCAUCUCCGUCCGCAUUCCUAACAGGGGUUUAGAGAACGGCUCUCCAGAUCUCUCCUCGGAAGGGAAGAAGCCGAAAGCUCCUGAGCACAGUGGGUUUGACUCGCUUUCGGGUGUGGCGCACACCACACAGUGUCCCCUCCACAACAACAGGACGCCAUCAGACUACGACAUUCUACUGCCACCUCAAGCUCCCACAGCCGAGGAUCUGUUUAACACACCCCCUCCUUCACAGCCCCCACCUCCUCCACCGGUUAGACACAGCUUUCCAGACGUCUCCUUGUCUCCGUCCUGCUCCAGAGCGGCUCGGCCUGCGUCCGGACACGACCACUUCCUCCUCAACCCAGAUGCAUUCCUGGACGCCCUGAAUAGCUCAGUCCCCCUGCCCCCUGUUCGAAGACAGACUGGGGAGAAUGUAAAAUCAGCAGUCAGAACUUCGCAAGAGUAUGACCAGCUGCCUCCUACAUCACUGGCUGGAGACUGCCUGCAGGCACCUGCGCGGCCGCCUAAGCCCUUCCCCAGGAAGACCCCUCCAGACAUCCAGCACAGGAGGCCCCCCGAGUCCUCCCACGAGAAUGUGGACGCAAAAAUCGCCAAGCUGAUGGGCGAAGGCUAUUCGUUCGACGACGUGAAGAGGGCCCUGAUGAUCGCCCAGAACAAGGUGGACGUGGCGCGGAACAUUUUGCGGGAGUUCGCCCUGGUGGCCCCGAGACUGAACCUGUAGCCCAACGCUCGCCGUCUCUCUGUCUGACUCUCUUGAGAAUGUGGGCCUCAGACGGGCACCUCGCAGGGCCACUCCAGCACCUGCCACGGGUCGGAACGAGGUCUAGGACAUAGGGAGCGCAAGACUGGAUGCAGGCCCAAGGAGGAGCGUUAACGUUUCCAAACAUGAAACCUGUGAAAAAAAAAAAAGCCUUGUGUUUACAGUGAUGUGCCGCGUGGUGGCUUAUUGCUACUGCAGCUGCUGCUGCUGUCCGCUGGGUCCCAGUCCAUUCACUUUCAACUCAUUCAAUUCACACUGUUCAAACCUAUACAGCAGUACAGCUUCUGUGAGAAAAGUCAUUUAGAGUGGUUUAAUAUGAAACACUUCAUUCUAGAGAAACUUACAAAAUCAGACUUGUUCACAGUGGUGGUGAUAGGAACCAGAUGUCUGUAGUGUUUAAUGCAGUACCGACCCGAGUACCGAGUAUCUUAUCCCUGAAGGACUGGAGUGGUUGCAGGUUUUCAUUCAAAACAAGCAGGACCACUCCUGAUGCCACUUGUUUAAUCAGCUGGUUUCAGACUGGUUUCAGUCUUCAGACAACUAGAUGGGAGCUCCAGCUUUGUUAAAAUAAAAUCUCCAAAAUCUCCCUUACAGAAAGUUAUUACAUGAAAUGGUUCUGAAUACACUGCCUGAUGCCUGAGACGUUGUUUUAUUAUAUUUUUGAAAUCAGUUUUAGCCCAAAACAAAUUUAAAUAUACCCCCCCCCCCCAAAAAAAAACUUCCUACCACUAGUUUACCACUAUCAGUCAUACAUAUACAGUAAACCAAACCACUCUGAACGACUUUGUUUGCCUCUCACUGAUUAAAUUGAGCAGAAAGGAGUGAAAAUCACACUUUAGAUGAGGAGCAUUGCUGAGCUCCGCAGUGCUGAUACCCUCCAGGACUCGAGUCUGACACCCCUGCGCUAGCGCACCUGGUGUGUUAGAUUUGGGCAAACACCAAAAUAGCUUAGGACCACUGCUCUACAGCAGAGGUCAUCAAUUCUGCUUCUGGGGGGCCAGUGUCCAGCACAGUUUGGUGAAAUUCUCUGCUCUAAGGCAUCAACUGAACCCGAUAAUUAACUGAUGAGUUGAAUCAGGGUGCGCUUGAGGAGGGAAGUCAACACACUGUGCUGGACCAGAACAGAUGACCCCCUGCCCUACAAAGUGCUGGGUGUAUUCAAGUAGAGCUUAAAUUGGCUGAAUUGAAACGGAAAUGGAAUCGAACCCCACCCAAGACUGUUGGUGUUGCCAGCGUGUUGCAGGCUGCUCUCGCCUCUCCUGCCACCUCUGCUGUUGCUGCUGCAAGCCUUACCCUAAUAUCCAUAAACACACACACGCAGACACUUUCGUGCAUUUUCAGUUCCGUCUCGGUCUGAUCUUUGUGUUUUAUUACCAGUCCACUGUUUUCUUUGCCUUUACUCCCCCCCCCCCCUUCAAAUGACGCUCUGCGAAAAAGACAAACUCUACCGGCUAGAAGAGUAGAGUGCAUUCUUUUACAGUGACCCGUUUCACCUCUCCUUUCGCAGCUUAAAAGGAAGGCAGUCUUUUUGCAGUGCUGUAAUCAGGCUCUGUCCACUCUGCAAGGCUCUGAAUGACCACAGCUUACACUCCGCAGUCAGGCUCUGUAAUAGUCAACUGCUAAAUUCCCAUCCAGCUUAAGAAAGAGGACAGGAUUGUGCUUUCAGCUAUGCCAGAGGAAUUGCCUCCCAGCCACCCUCCUCUCACAGAUUUGCCCAGAUAGAGGAAGCCCCCCCCCCCCCCACUAAGGUCUGUUCAAUUUGGGUUACGUUUGAUCCUGAAAGUGCUUAUGAUCUACUUCACAAGCUCAAAUGGCAGUUGCAGAUGGAAAUCAUAUCAUAUAGUUUUCAUAUUUCCGUAGAGGCCUCGUUUCUCAGAACACUGUUUCGUUUAACAGUCAGCAGCUCUGUAAUUGUGGUGUUGUGUGCCAGUCUCCUUUUUUUUCUAUAUUUAUUUAAUUAUUUUUGUGGUUCCUCAGCAUCUUUUGGUCAGCUUGUCCUGGGCUCCUCGGAAGGGGUUGUCUUCGUAGUCCAGAGUGGCCAAAGGACAGUCCAGUGCAGCAGAACUUAUAUAGUGUAGUACUAUAGGUAUAGUAGCUCCUACUAACUCAGUAACAUCAGUGCCAGGUUAGAUUUGCCAAACAUUACAAUGAAGCGUGGUGAACAUGUUCACACUGUAAAGGAGUGAUCCAGCCCGGUCCCUAAAUGCUGCAUCUCUGCGUACGAUGGAUUAGCACAAGUGUUCAUGUUGGUGUGUUUCACUGUCCAGUAAAACAACAGAAAACAAAACCUUUGUUUGGUAAAACAAUAAGCAGCAACAACUUCCCAUUGGCCUCUAUUACAAAGGUCUGUCUCCAUUUUCAGUGGGAAACCGCGUCACGAAGGUUUCAGGGCUUAAAAAGAUGCUUAAAAUAUUAGCAGUUAAUAAUAUGUACAUUUACACAGUGACCUAAGAUGAAAUAAAACAUUUUCAUUAUGAUUCUCAGAUUUUUCUUAUCUUUCAUAGCCGCUCUGCAUCUGUAAAACAGCUCCUCACAAAACCCGUUUUCAGCCUUUGAGAAACCAUUUUUAACAUAAAUCAAUAUUUUUACGAGGUUUCAUUUAGGAAUUUGUAUACAACAGAUUUAUGUUUACUUUUUAUAUAAUUAACGUUAGACUACAUUUAAAAAAAUAUGUGUAUUAUUUGAAAAAAAAUCAUGUCACAGAGAGUUUGGUCACUGGUGUUAUCAGGACUCUUAUUUUGCAGUAUUUUCAGCUCUAUUAAUCUGCUGCUUUGUGUCGGGGCUCAUCAGAGCAGAAGCAUCUCAAGGCCUGAGAAGGCGAGUCACUAUAUUUCAUUAAUUUAUUAAUAAUUUUGUUUAUCAGGCAGCGCUGGUGUUACAUGCGUUAAUGGCUGGGUAGUUGAGAUUUUGUUAAAAUGAUGCCAAAUGCCAUUUUUAUUACUGAUUUUAAACGUAAAGGUCACCUGAUGGCCAGCGAAUCAGACCAUUUACAGAAUCCUCAGUUUUAACCAGAAGGUCACUGGAGUUACACCAUGUUCAUACAACACCACUGACUGUAAGGUAUGCUUGGAAUUAAGCACAUAUGAUAAGGAGAUGUUAGUGGACAUGUUAAGAUUAUUUCGUUUUGGGAUGAAAGAAAAUGGACUUUUUAAAAACGUAUCCACCUGAAUUCCCACUGCAAAUGGCGAAUGAGCCGCGAGCUUGGUUCGACUCGGCUGGUUUUCUGUUCAUUUUUAAGGACGAGGAAAGUGUUUCCUGUAAUUGUUCGUGUGAUACUGAUGUGGCGGAUUUGAGAGGUUUCCCUUUAAACAUCUUACAGAUCUUCCAGCAGGUCAGAGCAGUGAUUCCUUAUUAGACCUUUAGGUCAGCACACGCCAGUGUGAACGGAUGCUUCAGUUCAAGCCUGCCUUUUCUCUCCAGUUGCCAAAUGAAGGGUGUCUGAAUGUAUUCAUUCUGGCUGAACUUGACAGGGAACACAAAUUAGCUGUCCAGAGGAAGGAGCUUCAACAAAUUAGUCUCCUGGCUUUUGAAUCUAGUCUAUAGCAAAGAAUCUCCCACAGCAAAGGCCCUAACAUUAAUGAGGAGCGGUCAGAUAUGAGUGACCAAUGAAUUGAGCUAGCCUCUUCCCUCAAAUACAGAAAGAUCAUCAUCGGCCUUCCCUCAGUAGUUGAGGAGCUCUAAAUGCCCUCCUCCUCCUUUUGAUUUUCCACCUGCGGCUCCGUUCCCGGCCGUCUUUACUCAGAACCAGGAGGUUGUAGCAGAUCAAAUAGCUGCUACGUUCAGGUCCACGUUGAAAGGCACAUAUUGGAUGAUUAAAAACAUGAUUAAAUCCCUGCAGCCGUCCCACGUUCUGUCAGAGAAACGAGUGCACAGCGACUACAGAGUGACUCUCAGCUUCACCGGGUGGUUCUUUCACAGCCUUGUGAGCGUCAAUUCCAGAUGAGAGCUUUGAUCCUUCCCCGUUUACGAUUCCUCAUCAGGCCACGCCUGGUUCGUACUCUCUCACUUGAAGCUUCAUUUUGCACUGGUCACUCACCUGCGCCCCGUUUCUCCCAACUCCUAACUCUCCAGCAGAGUGGACACCUCUGUCUGACCCAACGGAAAGAAAAGUGGCCUUUGAUGGGUUUGAAGAGGGUGGGAUGAUUUCUGUUUUGUUUUUUUUUUCGUUUUACUUUCUUCCUCCCUCUUCUUUUUUAUGAGAUUUUGUUCAUUUUUAGUGGAAAAUGCCUUGUGGAUCAUGUAAUGUGUGCAAUUAAUUUAUACUUUGUUUUAAAAAAUCCUGAGAUUAUUUUCUUUGUUCAGUAAUGAUGGUAACUUGUGAUCUGUUCUUGUGAAAAUGUUUUAUAAAAGCCAGUAUUAACAUCGC